CGGGUGACUAAGGCGGGCGGCGGGCCCUUUAAGGAGGAGGGCGCGGGUGCCUCUUUCCCGCCUCCCUCUCGGGGCCUGAGCCGCCGCCUCUUUGCACCGGGAGGCAGGAAGGCAAGCAGGCAGCCGAGGAGCGGGACCAGCCAGCCAUGCUUCGGCUAGGCCGGCCCUGCGCUCUGCGGGCUUGGCUCCCGCGCUCCGGCUGCUCCGCCGCCUCGACGGAGGGGAGGCUCCAGGUGGAGGAGCCCGGCAGCACCAGCACCACCACCUUCGGGGCUCGCCGCCACCUUCCGCCAAAGGGCCACGGGCUGCUCCUGCUGCUCCUGCGCCCUACACGGGCAGCGGCGGAGAUCGCCUGGCCGCCAAGCACCGGGAUCCGCUCCUACUCCACCGGGGCCCGGAAGGACACUAGCACAUCCCUGGGAAAUGAUCAUAUAGAUCCCAGCCAAGAGGAUGGGAAGAAACCCAACAAAUCCCAGCAAUUGAAGAAGGUUUUUAAGGAAUACGGAGCUGUAGCAGUGGCAUUCCAUGUUGGGAUUUCAUUGAUGUCUCUGGGAAUGUUCUAUUUGGCUGUGUCAAGCGGAGUGGACAUGACUGCUAUUCUCUUCAAGCUGGGAUUUGAUGAAUCUCUGGUGCAAUCCAAGUUAGCUGCCGGGACAAGCACUUUUUUAUUGGCAUAUGCCGUUCACAAACUGUUUGCUCCAGUCCGCAUCAGCAUCACCUUAGUCUCUGUGCCAUUCCUUGUCCGCUAUUUCCGGAAGAUAGGCUUCUUCAAACCACCAGCUGCAAACCCAUGAUUUAAUUCUUGGGGAGGAAAACAGGAAUGCCACCUAAUUUCUUAAUAUAGACGUUUUCAAAUUGCUGCACCCUGGUGGUGCCCUUGUGUGGAUUUCCAAUAAUACUUUCUGCUUGAUUUUUUUUUUUUUGUGUUUUAGAGGGUGGGAAAGCGGUUUCAUGAUGAUAAAAUAUAUAUAUUAAAAUA